CUGAGCACUUCUUUCCUGGAGUAGAGGUGAUUGUCCUCACCGCCAUGGCCUAUGAUCGUUAUGUGGCCAUUUGCAAGCCAUUACACUACCCCUUUAUCAUGAACUGGAGGUUCUGUGGCAUUCUGAUGGGGGUAGCCUGGGCAGGGGGCUUCUUGCAUUCUGUAAUACAAAUUCUCUUUAUAUUUCAGCUGCCCUUUUGUGGCCCCAAUGUCAUUGAUCACUUCAUGUGUGAUUUAUACCCAUUAUUGGCUCUUGCCUGCACUGACACUCAUAUCCUUGGCUUUUUUGUUGUUGCAAAUAGUGGGUUAAUCUGCAUCAUAAGCUUCUCAUUGUUGCUUAUCUCCUAUUGUGUCAUCUUGGUCUUGCUGAGAACUCAUAGCUCUGAAGGUCAAAGGAAAGCUCUCUCAACCUGUGGAUCUCACAUUGCUGUUGUGGUUUUGUUCUUUGUCCCAUGCAUAUUUGUGUAUGUGCAACCUCCAUCUACUUUCUCCUUCGAAAAAAUUGUGGCCAUAUUUCCUACCCUCCUAACUCCCUUGUUCAAUCCUGUGAUUUACACAUUCAGGAAUAAGGAAGUAAAAAAUGCCAUGAGGAAGUUGUGGACAAGACUGGUGGUGAUUUCUGAUAAAAAUAAAACAUGAAACUUAUAAAAAAGCAAACUUCCAGAAGAAGGAAAUCGAAAUGGGCUUAGAGAAAAACUUUCUAUGGGAUGUACCUUGUAAGACAGAAGGU